CACAGGACGAACUUAGCCGUGUUUGUGUAGAACCGCACAGUUAAACCUGCAUUCUCCUGUUUCUAAAAAAACCUCCAGAACACAUUCAUGCUAAAACUACAUCGCAAAUCCUGCUAGAAACACAUUAACCUGUUUCUCUGUUCUCUAACGUUCCUUUCAAAGUUUGUUUACAUUAACUCGCUAGUGGCUAACAAGCUAACCAGGCACUUGCUAGCUGCUUCCGUCGCAUAGUGACGCACGGCACACUUUGAUGACGUAAAAGUGCGGUAUAAUGUCAAGGUUUAAAUGAGUGGACUGAUUGCUAACUUGUUACGAAGUUGCUAGUGUAGUCAUUGUGCUUAUUAGAAUGUCCUGAUACACAAAAUGCCGAAGUAAAACGACACUUUUGGUCGCGGUUGCUGCGGUGAGGGAGACGUCAUCACUCCGCGACGAGAUUUUCGACCAAUCCGAAGUCAGAAGUGGCCUUCUCGGUUUUAUUGUGGGGGAAAAAGGGGGUCGCGUCGCAGCUCGGGCGUGGGAUCUGUUAUGGUGAAACGCUGCAGAAGAGACAGGUUUUGUUUACUGUUUAGAAAAGGAAUGUGUUUUAGAAUAACUGAAGCCUCUCUAGAAGCCUGUGCGACUCGGUUAGUGAUUAAUCGCGCGCUUGAAUAACGUUACCCGUUACCGGAAUUCUGAAUGGGUUGACAGCGUUGUGUUGCAUCGCGGUUAAUAUUUUUUUACUAAUAUUAUUUUUAAUAAUAAUAAUAAAAGCAAAACCGAUCUCGAGUUAACAGUCAGAUUGCCCGGAUUUCGCCAUGAACUCGAAGCGAAACAAUGCGGGUGAAAAUGGAGGAGGAGGACGCAUGAACCCGGCGAGCGAAACCCCGGCGGGCGGAACGCACCGGAAACCGAGCAGCGCGAGCUCUCCCGGUAAAGCCGGAGCGCGAGCGGACAGGGGCGAGCACGCGCACGACAGCAGGAGCACCGUGUCCGUCUCCUCACUCAGGUCCCGCCUCGGUCCCACCAUCAGGUCCGCUCUGUCCUCCGCCGUGGAGACGCUGCUGGGGGAGAUCGCAGCGGUGAUGUCGGAAACCGAGGACGAGCUGCUGUCCAAAGAGCGCGAGAACGAGAGGCUGAAGGCGCGACUGGACGCCUCUGAGCGCGAGCUGAAGACGCUGCAGGAGUGCCUGUGCAGUGCUCAGAAGCUGAUCGAUCAGCUGCAGGGUCCGUUCAGCAGCCAUCCUCCUCUUCCUCCUCCCAUGUCCGGGCAGCACGGCUACAACAACCCGGCGCCGCCCACAAACGCAGGUCGCCUGACGCACCGCGGGGCAGGAGACGACGCUGACCCGCGCUGCUUCGCCAACAGCGAGGCAGAGCUAAGCGGAGCGCUAGGAGACGCCAUCCACGGCUUCGAGGCUAGGGACGAGUUCAAAAGCUGCCACCUGUCCAUCCAGGCGGACGGCACCGUCACCAACAGCUACUACGACCCCAUGGCUGUGCACACCGCCGGCAUGUGCCACGACGUCAACAGGGCAGGUGAGAUGAGUGAUCGGCGGCUGUCUCACCCUCCCUCACACUCUCCUUACGGGGUGAAAGAGGAACAGGCUCCCACGUCAGGGCCGGUGCGUGUCAGAGGCGACGCCGAACACGGCGGCCAGAGCGAGUGCGACCAGGGUUACGCCCACGUGGUGGAGGAGCAGGGCGUUCCACGUUCCCGGAGACACACUGCUAAACACGCUCCGUCUUCCGGCUCGCAUAACGGCCCUUCUUCGUCCUCUGCCGGAACGCCUCCACAGGGGCCAUCCGGUCUCCGCGCCUCCUCCAGAGCCGUGUCUGCAGCGUCCUCUAGGCAGAGUCCCGGUACGAGCGACUCCUCCCCUGACGCCCGCCGGCGUCGACGCCCACCCUCGGAGCUGAUGGGCGAGGUAGCCGGUGAGCGACCGCACCUCUGUCUGGAGUGCGGCAAGACGUUCCGGCUGCUCUCGAGCCUGAAGAAGCACCUGCGCAUCCACACGGGAGAGAAGCCGUACCCGUGCAGCGUGUGCGGACGACGAUUCCGCGAAUCUGGCGCGCUCAAGACGCAUCUGCGUAUCCACACGGGCGAGAAGCCAUACGCGUGCAGCGAGUGCGGCGCACGUUUCCGCCAUCUGGACGGCCUGCGCAAGCACGGACGCACGCACACGGGCGAGAAGCCGUACGCCUGCGGCGUGUGCGGGAAACGCCUCAGCCGCCUGCAGCACCUCAAGCACCAUCAGCGCAUCCACACCGGCGAGCGACCAUGCCGAUGCCCCCUGUGCCAGCGCUCGUUCCAGGACGCCGCUAGCCUCAGGAAGCACCUGAUCAGCGUGCACCAGGGAGAACCGGGCGCCGAGGAAGCCCACGAGAGGCUGGCGGCCACCGAGCUCGGAGAGCACGACCUCCAGGGCUCCGUGGAGGACGAGGAGAUGAGGUUCGAGAUGUGGGAGGAGGAGCGCGAGGAAGGCGACGCUGCCGUGGACUGCGUGUAGAAUUGCUUAGAAAAUUGCCCAAGAUACUGAUGGUGGCAAAAAUGUUCAAAAUUUAAAAUUCAGAUUUUUAUUGAUUCUUGAGUCAUGGACACAUCAAGCUGUGAAAAAUGAACAUCUGCCAUGUUGCAGAAAUCCAUUCUAGCCCUAAUUAAACGAUCCCGGCUUUCCAGAGCGCGUAUGCAGAGCUACGUUUGACAGCUUGAACAUGGACUAAUGGAAUAAUGCUUCUGGGGAUCAGUUUGCUUGUUGUGACGUGAACUUCACGUCGUCAGAACGAAUUUCCGGUGUCAGUAUUCCCACAAACGAACUUCCUGCUUCUCUGGACGCUCUGUGUCACGUUCCUGGUUCUCUGUUGUAGUUAGUAAUAAUGUAAAAUAGGUACUGUGGGGAAUAGAACUAUGACCAUCGUGGAUCUCAUUAAGACUUCUCUCUCUCUCUUUCUCUUAUGCACACACGCAUUUUGUUCACCCACAAGCAUAAAUCAGCUGGGGAAAAAUUAAAGCGUGCUUUAAAAAAAAAAAAGCUAUGUGCCCAUAUAAAAAAAUUCACUUUCGCAAUAAAUAUUUAACUUUACUUUUCACAAUAUUAUAAUUAAAGGUCCGGUUUGCAAUUUAGAAGUCGUAAUAUUUUUCGAUAUCUUUCAAAAAAACUGUGAUUUUGCUCAAAACGAAUUGCUUCAUUUCAGCUCAUUUACAUGUAUAUUUUUCUGGCCCUGAAAUUAGCUGCUUAGCUUGGCCUUUUUUUUUUUUUUUUUUGUCCUGAAAUGGCAACUCAAGACAAAGCAUUUAUAAUUUUGAUAAAGUAUAUGAAGUCAGUCAUAAUGCAUGUCAGUGGUGGGCUAUACAUAAUUAUGAAAAUUACAUACCGCUGCUUUUAAAAGAAAAAAAGGUAAGGUAAAACUGAUAAAAUUAUUAAAAAUUUUUCAUUGGUUGGAGAGACAGUUAAUGUUCAAUAAUCAAUAGUAGCCAAUAGUAAUUCAUGACAAAAAAAAAAUCCCAUUGACGCAAUUUCUUUUUACACAAAUUUCCAUGGAGUGUGAUCAAGCCAAGACAUGGUGAAGAUCAUGUUUGGCUCCAGUGAUAAAGUAAAAGAGCAAACUUCGGACUUCCGACACGUAUCUUGGCCGAUCGGCUGCAAUUCUGGCCCUCGAAGCCGUGUUUAUUCUGAAGCAGAACUGCAGUAAAUAAAAUCCUAAGAGAAAGAAUAGAAAAGAAACACACAGCCCUCUUCUGGUCAAUCUGAUGAACUGCAGGUUGAGGAUUUAUAAAGCAGAAGUUUUGUUCAUUUUUAAAAAUUUUAUUUCCCUGUUUUAACCCUUAACCUCUUGGCUUACUCAUCUUUCUAUUGUGUUUCUGUACAGUUUAUAAAAUGAACAGGAAGAACAAAACUUUUAGAAACGAGGAACUGCAUGAUCAAGGUUUUUUAACGCAGACAUUAUUUUGUUUUUGGUUUUUUUUUUUUUGUUUGUUUUUUAAAAUUAUUUCUUUUCUCUUAUUACCCCAUUACCUCCACUCUUGGUGAUAUUUCCAUUGUGUAUCGCUAAAUAUAGUAUUAAAAAAGAAGAACAGGGCCAUUAUAACGUUUAGAAACGUGCUGCCCCCUUAUGGUCAAAUCAUGGAAAUACAUGUUGAAUGUUUAUAAAGCAGGUUAUUGUGUUUAUUUGUUUUUGUUUUUUCCUUGUUUACUCUGUUACCUUUAUUUUUAUUGACAUUUCUGUAGUGUAUUGCAGAAUAUAGUAUAAAUAGAAAAAAAAACUUAUAGAAAUGUUCCGCCCCCUUAUGGUCAAACUGAGGAACUACAGGUUGGAUGUUUUCUAAAGCAGGAGUUAAAUUGUUUUUGUAUUUUUAAUUUUCUGUAUUUUAGUCUUUCACCUCCAGUCCUAUACACAUUUGUGAAUAUAGCAUAUAAAACCAUUUUCACUUUUUUUUUUUUAAAGCCAGGGUGUUUUCUGUUUUUAACACCAUUCAUGCUUUUGUUGCAUGUUUUACCUUUUAUGGAUAUUAUAACGUGUUAUCAUGGGAGUUUAUAAACCUUUUUGAACUUUUUGUUCAUAUUUACAGCUUUUUUUUUUGUCUAGUGUAAAAAUAGUUCUGUAGUAGAUACUCUAAAACUAAUACCAACAUAAGCCGUGUUUUAUUAACACUUCCACGUGUAAAUAACCUUUAGAUAUAUCUCGUUUUAGUGUUGAAUAAAUGUGAGUUAAUCAAAGUUUGGUAAAUGUUACGUAAACUGGACAAAUUAGUUUUACUGUUACUGUGUUAUGAGAGACAUGACUUUUUUUAAAAAAUAAAUCCGAGCAUGCGUUUUGUAAACCUGUAGCCGUGUUUCCCUCAUAAAAACGUCUGUUAAAUGUC